GCCGCCACCAUGCUGAGCCGGCUCGGGGCGCUGCUGCAGGAGGCCGUGGGGGCGCGGGAGCCCAGCAUUGACCUGCUGGAGGCCUUCGUGGAGCACUGGAAGGGCAUCACGCACUACUACAUUGAAAGUACAGCUGACACCCCAGACAGCCAAAGCUUCGGGUGCUCUGAGCCCAGCAGGAGCACUCCCAGAGGGGGCGGAAUCCGAUUGGCUGCUUUGUAGUCAGUACGUUGGUAUUCGUGGAUACGUGCUGGUUGCCAGAUGAAAACACCCCCGCCAAGAAAACGGAUAUCCCCUGGCGGCUGAAGCAGAUGCUGGACAUCCUGGUGUACGAGGAGAGGCAGCAGACAGCAGCUGGCGAGGCUGGGCCCUGUCUGGAGUACCUACUGCAGCACAAAAUCCUGGAGACCCUGUGCACACUGGGCAAGGCUGAGUACCCCCCAGGGAUGCGACAGCAGGUGUUCCAGUUUUUCAGCAAGGUUCUGGCCCAGGUACAGCACCCGCUCCUGCAUUACCUCAACGUCCACAAGCCUGUGCAGAAGCUUCUCCGACUUGGUGGGACAGUUCCUGGAUCCCAAACAGAAAAGGAGGAGGUACAGUUCACCACCGUGCUCUGCUCCAAGAUCCAACAGGACCCAGCCCUGCUCACCUACAUCCUGGAAGGCAAAAAGAUGGUCAGUAGGAAGAAGUCAUCCAAAGAGCCCACCACCCUGCCUAGAGAGGCCGCCAGUGUGCAGGACAAGGACCACUCCUGCAGCAAGGCUCCUGACAUGAGUCCGUGCAGGGCCCGGGCCUUGAGCUCACAGCUGCCUGCUGAGACAGAGGAGCCAGAAGGAGCAGUUGGGGAAAGCAACCUCAUCACCGCCCUGAUCGGGCUGUGCAAGAGCAAGAAAGGUCGGGUGGCUCUGAAGGCGCAGGAGAACCUGCUGCUCCUGGUAAGUGUGGCUUGGCCUGCCGCUGCCACCUACCUGGUGCAGAGCAGCCCUUGUUGCCGUGUUGUCGCCGAGCACCUCUGCCAGCUAUACCAGUCCCUGCCCCCAUUCCUGGACCCAGCGGACAUUGCUGCACUAGAGGGCAUCAGCUGGAGGUUGCCCAGUGCCCCAUCUGAUGAAGCUUCCUUCCCUGGCAAGGAGGCCUUGGCUGCCUUUUUGGGCUGGUUUGAUUACUGUGACCACCUCAUCACAGAGGCACAUACGGUGGUUGCCGAGGCCUUGGCAAAGGCUGUGGCUGAGAAGUUUUUCGUGGAGAUUCUGCAGCCUCACCUCCUGCAUGUCUCUGAGCAGAGUGUCCUGACCUCCACCGCCUUGCUCACGGCCAUGCUGCGUCAGCUCCGCUCCCCUGUGCUGCUGCGAGAGGCUGUGGCUUUCCUCCUGGGCACAGACCCACAGCCUGCGGCCCCUGACGACGGCCCCCACACUCUGUGUGCUCACCUCAUCGGGCACUGCGACCACCUCUCGGACGAGAUCAGCAUCACCACCCUGCGGUUAUUCGAGGAGCUGCUGCAGAAGCCGCACGAACAGGUCAUCCACGGCCUGGUCCUGUGCAACCUGGAGGGCCGCCAUUAUGUGGCCCGGGGCUCACCCGAGCCCGAGAGCUACGAGGACACCCUAGAUCUGGAGGAAGACCCCUACUUCACAGAUGGCUUCCUCAACUCCAGCUUUCAGCCCUCCACAAAGCCUCCCCCAGCCCCUGCCACCAACUCGGAUGGCAAAACAGCAGUGACUGAGAUCGUCAACAGUUUCCUCUGCCUGGUUCCUGAGGAAGCCAAGACCUCAGCUUUCCUAGAAGAGACCGGAUAUGACACAUACGUCCAUGAUGCUUAUGGACUGUUCCAGGAGUGCAGCUCCCGAGUUGCCCCUUGGGGCUGGCCCCUGGGCCCCACACCCCUGGACCCUCAUGAGCCUGAACGGCCUUUCUUUGAGGGUCACUUCCUCCGAAUGCUGUUUGACCGCAUGUCCCGGAUUUUGGAACAGCCAUACAGCCUGAACCUGCAAGUGACCUCAGUCCUGUCCCGGCUUGCCCUCUUCCCCCACCCCCUUAUCCACGAGUACCUCCUGGAUCCCUACAUCAACCUGGCCCCUGGCUGCAGGAGUCUGUUCUCUGUGCUCGUCAGGGUGAUCGGGGACUUGAUGCAGAGAAUUCAGAGGGUACCCCAGUUCUCGGGCAAACUGCUCCUGGUGCGCAAGCAGCUGAUGGGUCAGGUCCCUGGGGAGCAGGUGUCUGCCGCUAAGAAUGUGCCUCAUGGACACUGGGAUGUCAUAUUGGGCACACUCCCACCGCCUCCCAGCUGUGACUCCACUACCACCGUGCUGUCUCCCUCAGGCUGGACCACCAGACUCUCCUCCAAGGCGUGGUGGUUCUUGAGGAAUUCUGCAAGGAGCUGGCUGCCAUCGCUUUUGUCAAGUUCCCCCCACAUGGUCCUCACCUGCACCUCUCCCCUCCCCGAGAAGGGCACGUCUGAGCCAGGAGUAGGACAGGAAGGGAGACUUCUGUGCACACCUCGGCCCAAGAGCCGCCUCCCACCUGGCACCGCCGCCACUGCCUGCCUGCCAGGCUGGGACUUGGCUCCAUGUUCUCUGCAUCCCAGGCACCUCUGCCUCUGGGGAGGCCUGGGCUUCCGCUCCCAGGUGGUCUCAGAAGAUCCUGGCCUGUCAGCCACACGAGACUGUGUUUAGGGAGUGGGUCUCCAAGGUACCAGAAGCCAAGGAGCAAAAGAGAUGGCCUCCCAGACAGCAUGGUGUCCUUGGGGCCCUCUUAGGGGAGCUGGGUAAUCGCCAGGUGAGCACCCAGACCCAAACCCUCACGUGUUCUGUGCCUGACCCCCAAGUCUACGGGCCAUUCAUGGCCAGGGCCAAGGCCUGUGGCUCAGUUCCAGGGCACAGAGAGGAGUGAGUGAUGGCUCUGAGGCUGGUUACGACUGUAAGCCAAGAGAGAUGGGGGCGAAGGAGCCGUCUCUGUCACGCCGGGUACCACAGACACUACUGAAACUUGACAUUUUUUCUCCUGCCUUCUUGGCUUAAUCCGUGGUGAAGGGGCAGUGGAUGGCAGGGGAAGCCCACUCUCCCUGCCCAGCCCUCCUGGAGACUGUUGCAAAAUUCCCAACCGCCUCAUGGCCGAGAGCCAGAGCGUGCUCCGCGCCUGGGCGGGGGCAGCUGCUAAUGAGCGCCUUGGUGCGACUGCAGCCAGGGCGGCAGAGGGCUUGGGAAGGGGGGGCGGGGGGCUGGGUGCCAGGCUCCAGCUCCAGCUGGUUUUCUCCCUGGCGCCUCUGAACCCGUCUCAGCAGGUCCUUGACACCUGGGCAGAGGGGCUUGGAGACUGGGGGAGGCCAGGCCCGGCCCUCAGCCCUCCAUCCAGCCUGCAGCGUCCUCGAUGGACUCCUCUCCCCAGGAAGCUGGGGAGCUUGGGACAGACCGCAGCCAGGAUGCCCACCUGACCCCAGGCCCCCAAGGCCUGGAGGGGAGGCGCUGGGGCCCGGCAGCCAGUCGUAGUGUUGUUCUCCCUGUGUGCCCUUCAUGGCUGGGGCUGCCACCCCACCCGGCCUGAAUCUGUUUCAACCUGCAGGAACACACAGGCGGCGCCAGGCAUUACCUCACAGCGGGACUGCAGCUGCUGGCUUAGCUCCUGGGCAAGGAGGAGCAGGCCAGGGCCCCUUUCGCUUCCUUUUCCUGCCUGUGCCGCUUCUAGAAGCCAGCCGCAGGUUGCCAGGAGGUGACAUGGAAGAGGAGGAACUCGGUGACCUCUCCCUCUCCUGCAUUCCUCCAAGCUGGGGAGGACGCGGCCGCGGCUCUGAAGGACACUGUGUGUGUGUAUGCCUGUGUGUUUGCACAUGUGGGUGUUGGUGUGGGACAGGAGAGCACAGCUCACAGGGCACACUGGGUCUGAACUCCUCAAGUCCGAAAACGGCUGAGCAUCCGGUCCCAGAUACUCCUCUCCUCCCUCCCCUUCAGCAUUUGCCCUUGUGUCCCCCUGAGACGUGCCCCCAGACGACACAGCAAUAAAAGGUUUGCAUAGACACA